UGGGGGGUGGGGAGCGCGGAACGAUCCUCUUUUCUCUAGUUUGGAUCUCAAAUUUGAGUAGGGGCUCAUCGAGAUUUCUGGCAGCAGCUACUACGACCUAAGUGCCGCGUCCAUCGGAGGCUCCUUUGCGGGUCGACCCUUUAAGGCUCGCAGUGAAGCCCCUCGCAGGCUCGCGUUCGCAGAGCUAGUUGGAGUACAAGGCUGCUAACCGGACAGCCUUAUAGAUCACCGUGCAACAAGACGGGGUUCAUGCAUUCCUCCGUUGUAGUGUCUCGCUAUGUUUCCGCUGACUGAGGGGAGCAGGCCUGUAGCACAGCUGUUGUUCAGUUCCGGCACCUGUCCAAGAUGCAUCUUCAGAUUCUGUGGUGUGGGUCUUCCCGCACCGUACAAACACCCAGCCAAGGAGCUGCUCAAUGAGCUACAAAAAUUUCUAGAACCAGAAAAACAUGAAUUAAUUUUGGAAGUUCCAAAGCCGCCAUUGAAGAAAAUUCGUUUACAUGAAGAUGGGAUUGAUAAUCUGAGUGAAGACGGAAAGGAGGGAGUCUCUGUUACUGAAGACGCAAGUGUGACUGCGAAGCCUUCGAAGAUGAGCGUGUGCAAUGUUUGCUUAGGGAUUCUUCAGGGGUUCUGUGAGAAGGGGUUCAUCGCAGAGGUUUGCCAGAAAGUUGAAGCCUCUGGGUUUGAAUUCAGCAGCGUGGUUUUAUCUGUCUCCUUCCCGCCGCAGCUGUCGGUGAGAGAGCAUGCUGCGUGGUUGCUGGUAAAACAGGAAAUGGGAAAGCAGAGUCUGUCCCUGGGAAGAAAUGAUGUAGUUCAGCUGAAAGAAGCCUACAAGUGGAUAGCUCACCCCCUGUUCUCAGAGGAGCUGGGAGUUCCCACGGAUGGAAAGAGCCUGUUCGAAGUGAGUGUUGUCUUUGCUCACCCCGAAACAGCUGGGGAUUGCCGUUUCCUAGGUGAAGUUUGCCCAGAUUGUUUCAAACCAGCCAAAAACAAACAGUCAGUAUUCACCAGAAUGGCAGUUUCGAAAGCUUUGACUAAGAUAAAGGAAGAAGACUUCCUCACGCAAUUUCCUUGUCCUCCAAACUCACCAAAGACUGUAUGCACUGUUCUUGAAGUUGAAUGCACUCAUGGUGCUGUUUUUGUCGCUGGCAGGUAUAAUAAAUACUCCAGAAAUCUACCACAAACUCCUUGGAUAAUUGAUGGAGAAAGGAAAAUGGAAACUUCGGUAGAAGAAUUAAUCUCAGAUCAUCUGCUGACAGUGUUCAAAGCAGAGAAUUUCAAGUCUGAGAGAGCUGUUGGUGUAGCUCAGUGGCUUCAGGGAUGUGCUGCUAAGAUGGAUGGUUUUAAUUUCUCAUCCUCUGGACGAGAAGACGUAGACGUGAGAACAUUAGGAAAUGGAAGGCCCUUUGCUGUGGAGCUGCUGAAUCCUCAUCGAGUCCAUUUCACUGUGGAAGAGAUUAAGGCGCUACAGCAGAAGAUUAACAAAUCAUCUGACAAAAUCAAAGUCCGUGACUUGCAGCUUGUCACCAGAGAGGCGAUAGGGCGUAUGAAGGAAGGUGAGGAAGAAAAGACUAAGACCUACAGUGCCUUGAUAUGGACGAAUAACGCCAUCCAGAGGAAGGACAUUGGGUUCCUGGAUGACCUGAAGGACUUAAAGAUUGACCAGAAGACACCCCUCCGGGUCCUUCACCGAAGGCCUUUGGCUGUGAGAACUCGGGCCAUUCACUCUAUGGAGACACACUACCUGGAUGAGCACCAUUUUCGUCUGCGUUUGAAGACCCAAGCUGGAACCUACAUUAAAGAAUUUGUGCAUGGAGACUUUGGGAGAACCAGGCCGAACAUCGGCUCUCUGAUGAACAUGACCGCAGACAUUCUCGAGCUAGAUGUGGAGUCUGUAGAUGCCGACUGGCCGCCUGCGCUGGAUGACUAGCUCUCACGUUGGAAUGCAGAGGGCUUUCCUGGCAUGGUGUGGACAUCCAGGUGGCAUAUCCUGGAAAAUGGCUGCUUACCCGCCAUAGCGGUGUCUUCAGAACCACUUGGAUCAUGUUGAUCUGCUCCUAAAGUUCACUGUAACAUCUCAGGAUCUAUAUGUAUGCAUAUUUUGUGUUGUGUUGUUCUAAGAAUGUCUUAUGUUUUCUCAUUCCCCAUCUCAUGACCACAAAACCAAAAUAGGAGGAAUCAAACCAUUUUCCUUCUGGUCUGUUACUUAGAUAUGAAAUGGGAGGCACUGUCAAUCAGGAGAGCUGGGACUUUUAGCAUGAUCUCCUACAGGAGAUGAUAUCUUUAAAGUAAUUUGCUAAAGCUUUCAGAUCAUCUGAAUAAAUGAAUAAAUCUGAAAAACUAGACACAUGUAGAAGAGUGUCCUAUAAUAUUCCAAUAUGUCAAACACAAAUCUGCUUCUAAUAUUUUUCCACUUACCCUCAGGCAAGCUUCUAUUAUCAAUACUUUAAGGAAUGAUUUGUCAUGGUCCUUAUGACCCCCAGGUUACUAUUUUGAUAAUCGGAAAUUGUCAGUACGUGUCUCCCGCAAAAGCCAAGUGACACCUUACCACUCAUUGGAAGCAGACUCUAGACACUGCCUACAUCUUUUGUCUUUUACUUAAAGAGAAACAAGUGCCUUCAGUAACUUUUGUCCCAGAGUUAUAAAUUUGAAAAUUCAAUAAUGCUAAAGAAAUAGUGUUUCAAUUAUUUUCUAAUUUCAAAUGUUUUCUAAAUAUCUAACAUAUCUAAUUACAUAAACAAGGAAACAAAAGUUAAAUGACACAGUUACUCUUGUCUGCAUCUCCAGGGUCCUUUCUAUAACCUUGCCAGGAGCACCUGCCACUCCUGUGGGUGACAGUGCCCUCAAGAAUGCCAGCAGGUUGGCUUCUGGAAUUGAGAGAUCAAGUGGUACCCCUGAGAAAUGGCUAAUGUAUGUCUUAUAUGAUCUCAUAAUUGUCACUUAUAAUGGCAUAGUGAAGAAAAAUUUUAAACAUAUUGAACCAGAAGAAGAUGAAUUAAUCAUUAAAAAUACCAGAAGGGAAGCUCAAUAAAAUGUAGAUUUAAGUAAAAUUUUCAUCAGCUAGUCUAACUUCUUGAGUUUUUUUUUGAUGUAUUGAUUUGAAUAGCAUUUGAUUAUUCACAUUUCUCAUCUUUGCCCACAAUUCGCACUGAUCCUUAAGAUGUAUUCUAUGAGGAAGAUGUUUUUGAUUGAGAUGAAAGGGCAGCCUGCUCUUUGAAACCAGGUUUCAUCGUGUGUGAAUAAUAGCAAAGGGUUUUUCAUUGUCAGAAAAUUGCAAAGGGAAUAACAGAACCUAAUUGAUAAAAAGUGAAAAGUUAAAGACUUCUAUGGAAUGUUUCUUGCUUCUGAUGAAAUUUUGCUAAAACAUUUAAAUCAUUUGGAAAAAGCCUUUGAGCAUGCUUUUUUUUUUUUUUUUUAAGCUCAGUUUUGAAUGAAAUGGACUCAAAACAUGAAGGUCUGGGACUCCCAGCAAAGCAUUCCUUGAAUUAUUUCCUGUUGAAAGAUAAACAGCGGCUAUAGACACUCAGUCCUUGGGCGGAGGGCAGCGGCUCAGGGAGGCUGUGUGUCUGCCUCCCUCUGCUCACACUGUGCCUUCACUUUGCUCCUCUUCUAUACGGUUUGUUUACAUUCAAAGCAAUGUUUAUGUUAUUUGCAGAAUGAGUUAGGUCUCUGUUCUUAUCUUUGUUGCAGAUGUAACCUGUAGCUUAUUUUCAGGAAAAAUAAAAAUAAAAAACAACUCUGGAGAGCUAGAGAGAGCAAGAAAAAGAAAAGGGUUGAUAAAGGAGACUCUUCCGAGUAAGAUAGCUGGUUACCUGUGCAAGUUAGAUGAAGUGACUAAACAAGUUAGAUUUACAUUUCCUAAGAGACAGCCAGCAUUGUCUUUCCCUUGGGGCUGUAUAAUAUGUUUCUAAGUUUAUUUUUACCAGUUUCAUACACAAUAUAACACAGUAGUCACACUUAGUCCAUUUUCUGUAUUGUUUCUGAGACAGGCUUUCUCUCUAUAACCCUGUUGUCCUAGAGCUCACAGGUUUCUGCCUGCCUCUUCCUCCAAGGUGCUGGGAUUCAUGGCCUGUGCCAGCACGCUGAGCCCCACUUUAUCCCCCCACCAUCUCCAACAAAAGCCCUCCCUACAAGACCCUUUCCACUGUCGUGUCUUUGUUCUGUGACCCACUGAGAUUAACUACCUUUGUGGGUAUGGAUGUAAAACACAGAACUCACAAACAGAAGCAGCAUUUAAGCCGGUGCGCCUUCAAGCAUCUGUCAACAGCUAGUAGUUCUUGGGGAGAGGCAGGGCCCCGUGACCCACUCCCUACCCACGCGAGCAUCAUGGUACCGUGAGGUCAUGACUGCUACAGUCGUGUCAUCUUGUCGAAGGCUGUUUCGGCAGUCCUCAGCUAGCUCAUCGACUCUUUUAAACCUACCCUUGAGAAUGAACCGAGUGAAGUGAGCUUUGUGAGGGAGGUCACAAGACACAGGGUUUCACUUUGUAGCUUGGGCUGCACUUGAAGUUACGAUUCUCCUUCCGCUGCCUCUCAAAGUGUCUGGAUUAUAUUCAUGAGCCACAACCCCCGUCCAGAUACAAGCUUUUCUGACUGGUUUUAAGAUAGCUCUUAGUUAGGCUUUCUGUUGCUGUGAUGAUACACCAUGGACAAAAGCAACUUGGGGCAGAAAGGGUUUAUUUCUCUUACACUUCCAUUAUUGACAGAAGUCAGGGCAGGAACUCAAGCAGAAGGCAAGGAGGAAUGCCGCUUACUAGCUUGCUCUGCUGAACAAGAGCUCCAUACACCCAGGGCCAUGUGCUCAGAGUGGCUCCGCCCACAGUGGGCUGGCCCUCCCACAUCAAUCAUUAAUCAAGUUUGUACUGUAGGCUGAUCCUAUGGAAGAAUUUUCUCCAUUGAGAUUCCCUCUUCCCAGAGAGCCUAGCCUGUACAAAGUUAACAAAAACUAGCUGGCAGAGUCUCUGUCUUACUAUGAAAAAAGUAUUACUUUCAUAUCUUAAAUUUUUUUUCCUUUCAAAAUGAUUCAAAACUUAAUUAAAAAGUACAAAGGAACUUUCCCACGGAGUUGCUGAGUCAGCCCCACCUCAUCAUCCCAAAUACAUACAUAGAAUGUAAUUCCUAGAAGACAUCUUGUAAAUUACAGGCCACCCACCAUACCAGGAAGUGAGCUUCCAUAGACCACCAUUACCUAGCCCAAAUGUAUCAGCCAGGUUGUCUGUCCAUCUGUCUGUCACAGGCUCCAUGAGCGAGCCCUCCCACUUUGUAGUCAGUGUAUGCUGACAUUCAUGAAGCAGUUGUACAACUUCAGACCAGUUCUUUAGUGGAUGAUGCUCAGCUGCGGUGUGCCUGGUACUAGAUUUAAGCACGUGAGAGCACCACAGAGGAGAGGUUUCCUCCUUGCAUCUUACCAAAUUUCCCAGUCCCCAAGUUGGUAAUUGGGCAAGGUAUUGUCUAUCAAACUCUUCUGGUCUUAGCGUCCUCUCUUGUCCGUCUCUACUCAGUGCCUUGCAAAUAGACCAAAUUUUCAUUCAUCAGAUUGGAAUCCACGGAAGAUCCCUACCUAACGCAGUUAUUACUGAUUCUAAGGAACAGUUGCUAAUGCCUGUCAUUCUUUUCACACGUAUUGAAUGGUAUCCCACUGAGAGGGAGAGCCUUCUCUCCCUUACUGCAUGGGUUUGGAUUGUAGCCUGGGCUUGCUUGUUUGUUUGUUUGUUUGGUGGUGUUUGGGACUGAACCAAGACAAAGCAGUGUUGUCACUAAUAGAUUCUCAUUUUAUUCAA